AUGCCGGGAUCGGAUGAUUUAAUAAGAACGGAUUCUGGUCUGAUGGACGAAGUACUACAAACGCCUACAACACUAGUUUCAGCAGAGGCUUUUAUGUCGUUGCAUAGUAUGAUCCAACAGGACACUUCUAAUGGGACGUGUAUGACUCGGGUACAGAGGCGUGUACAGAAACUUGCCAAUGCCGGCCAGAAAGCUAUUGCCUACUGUGCCCUCCUCGAACAUAAAAAGCAGCUAUUAAAGAAAAUAAACAGCGAAGCCAAAGUUCGAAAAUCGACUAAGUCAAUUGUACUUGGGAAGGGCCAGGGGAAGGUAAUGAGCUAUGAGGAUAUCGUAGCAGCACGAGCCGCGCGUGCUGCGAAAGAUGUCGUUAAAGGCAAGGGAAAACGUGGCCGGAAGCGUAAAAGUGAUCAAGGUAAGCCUGAGCCUAAGCCAGAACUAGAGUUAGAGCUAAGUUUAGAGCCAGAACCAGGACUAGAAACAGAGCCAGAGCCAGAGCCAGAGCCAGAAAUGGUGCGUGCUGCGAAAAAGGUCAGAAAGAGCACAGGGAGACGUACCCCGAAGCGCACGAGUAUUGCAGAGGCGGAUCUGCCAGACCCAACGCCAGAGCCAGAGGCAGUAAAAUUGACUCGGGAUAUCCCCCCAGGGACGUGGAGCGCACCCGUUGCUAAGAUGUAUUAA